AUGUCGGACAUCCAGCAGUACCUGUUGGACUAUGAUCGAGACAAGAGAGAGGCCAGUGCCACUGCGCAACGGAGCGCAAAUCAACUGCAGAAUGGCCAAUUGAAGCUCCUGAAGCUUGUGGGAGACCUUGGAGACUACUUCAACAGCGAGGAUGGCGCCACCAGAUCCAAAACAAUAUCCUACCUCGCCGAGGUCCUAGCAGCGACGCCCCAGAAAGUGCUGUCUCUCCAGCAGCGUAGCCUCCUAUGCGACUUCGUUCUGUCCCGGACGGAAGACAGUGAGGGGCUGGGCUCAUGUGCGAAGGCGCUGCUGGCGCUGGAAGAGCUGGGCAAAUGGGACGACGACAGGGUGGUCAGUAUUGUGGAAACGCUGCUUAGCAACACCCAUCCCCUGCGCCAGUACAAGCAGCAGACCGAACGAUACCCCGUGCUUCAACUCAUCGAUACGCUCAUGGCCAAAUACCGCGAGCCUUUGCGAGUACACCACACAGAGACAGGCGACUUUCUGCCCCGAUUCAUAUCCUACUUCGACGGCGAAAAGGACCCACGCAACCUGAUGGUCGUCUUCUCCAUCCUCAGGGUGCCUAUGGCCGAGUGGAGUAUAGGCGCAGAUGCGCAGGAUCUCUUCGAUGCUGUUUUCAAUUACUUCCCCAUCACAUUCCGACCCCCACCCGACGACCCCUACGGCAUCACCGCGCAGGAUCUCAAGGACCGACUAAGAGACUGCAUAUCUUCGACAUCCGACUUCGCGCCUUACGCUUUCCCUGCUUUACUAGACAAGCUUGAUUCGACAUCGAUGAACACAAAACGCGAUGUGCUCCAGACCAUCACCGCAUCAGUCAACGAAUAUGGGCCCCGUACAAUCUCGCUCUACUCUAUCACACUCUGGGAUGCCUUAAAAUUCGAGAUAUUGAACGUCCAGGAGGAGGACCUGGCCGAAGAAGCGCUGAACGGUCUAGCUGCCGUCGCAAGAUCCUUAUCUCAAGGGACCAGUGGACCGCUGAACGCGUACCUACGACCGAUCGUCAAAGAAUGUAACGAGCACCUCGAAGAUGCGCCGACGAAACAGUCACAAGCUUCUGCACGCAUAUUGCACAAGAUCGCACAAGUCUCUGCCGAGGUCACCAACAUGUUAUUGGCAGGAGUGCUACCCACCCUGUUCCUACUCUUCCAGAAUGCAGAUACCAUGGCAAAACGAAGAGGUUUACUCGAGGUUUUGAUCCAACUGGUACGUGCCAAUAUCGCUGUGUAUGGCGACUGGCGCUCACCAGGUGCUACUGGAGAAAAGGUGGAUACCAACGGUCUGAAAGAGUUCAGGGAACAGUCACUAGAGGUUCUCCUCAACGGCUUAGAGUCGGCCCCGACGAAGGAAGUGUCUUUUCGACUAGUGUGCCUUGAUGGGCUACUUCAGCUUUCCAAAGUACGACAACUUCUGAACGACGAAGACAUUGGCAAAGCGAUCCAAGCUUUGCAAACCAUCGUCGUUCACGAGGACUCUUACGGCAAGGACGAAGUGAAAGAGGCUGCGAUUAAUGGCAUCGUGGACAUUGCGCACCAAAAACCUCAAGUUAUAGUCGACAAGGCCUUCCCUGCCUUCUUGGCACAGCUGCCGGAUAAUGAUGCUGAUGGCUCCAAAAGCUACUCAUCCUCGUUGGAGGCGUUUGCAAAGCUUGCAAGCGAGGAUAAGGUUUUCGACACUGUCCUGCUACGUCUCAAGAACAAGUUCAGUACAGCGGUUCAACAGAAUGCUUCGUCAACAUAUCUCGUUGCGUUACUGUCAGCAAUGCUCUAUGCACUUAACAAGGGUGAAGCCAAGCUGUCGUCAAACCCCCAAUCUUCAACAUACUACAACGAUAUUGCACUACCGCUAUUACAACGAGCGUCAAGCUCCGAUUCAUCGCACCCUACUGCGUUUAAUGACGAAAGCACACUCGAUCUGGUCGGCCGAAUAUGCGGCCUCAUUAUCAGAUCGCAAUCCGUGGAGUCACAAAAUGCGAUCGCCACAGAAUUGUACACCCUUUUCCGUGGCACUCCGCAAUCCGAUCUACCUCCCUUUAGUCUCCACGCAGCAGCAGAGAACGACAAAACCAUGGUGAUCAGCACCCACCUCUUGGCCUCGUUUAGGAAAGAGACCACGCUCCCUUGUGAGCUGCAGCUCCUCAUCACGUCACUGGCCGAUUACGCACAAGAACCACGGCUUUCAAUUCCCAUCCGUUCCGCAUCUCUGCGCCAGCUCUCUCUCGUCAUCAACAAAUACUACUCUAGCUCUGCGCUCAGGACAUGUAUGGACCCUCUGGAAUCCAAGUUUGACCUGUUCAGCAGCGAGAAGCUUGAUGCCCAACGGACACGCAUUAUCUUUGCAUGCCUCAAGGGUGUCGUCUUGAGGAGCAGUCUGGCGCUCAACACCCUAUACCCCAAAGUCCUCUCGUUGCUCUCGCACCCACAGUAUGGUGGCACAGUCGCGCAUGGCUUCACAACACUGCUCCAGCCUGACGACCUGCUGACGAAACACAACCACUGCCAGAUCUCCGGCCUGCACAAGCAGAAGAGCUUUGCACUACUCAUCCCCAAUAUCACACAAUUAUUCCGUGAAGCAUCGACUGAGACAAAGCCAAACUACCUCGUUGCACUCAACGGUGUACUGAAGUGGAUGCCCUUUGAAAUUGUCGUCGAAGAGGUCGACAAGCUCGUCACGUUACUGCUGCAAUCACUCGAUCUCAAGGGCAUCGACGUGGUCAAGGAGGCGACGAUUGAAACGCUUUGCUCCACGCUGGUCGAGAGAGCAAAGGUGCUGGAAGAGCACAGUGGCAGUUUGAUCGGGCGGCUACUUGCUAACGCUACUGUGAGCCGGGAGUCCGGAGCGCCGGCCAAGGUGCGGGUAGCAGCGCUUCGAUGCCUGACACUGGUACCGGAGAAGUUUAGACAAGAGACGGUACUGCCGUACCGAAGACAGGUGGUCAAGAAGCUGACCGCAGCGCUGGACGACAAGAAGCGAGAGGUUAGAAGCGCGGCCGUCAGGUGCCGCGCCAAGUGGUUGGAGAUUGACGAAGCUGGAGAUGAUGAAUAG